AAAAGUGACUCGUAUUUGCCUUCAGGAUUUAUAUUCUGUAGAUAAACACUUAUGUGAUAUGUCUCUCACUUUAACAAAUCUAGAUCUCCAUUUCCCGAUCUGAUAUAAACCAUAUCAUCCCUACUUCAUUACAUUAUUCAUGUACAUGUUCUGAAGCACAAGGUUCAGACACAGUUUCUUGAGUACUAUACACUCAUGUCUCCACUUUGUGAUCUUGGUGCAAGAAAGGUACUGAUUUUCCUGUGUUUUUUCUCUUCAUUAUGUCUCAGUUCUGCUGCUACUCAAACUCAGCCUCUGCUUCUUGCCAAAACUGGCAGAAAACUUCUUGAUUCAGAAACCCAAGAAAAUCAGCUUAUUAAGAAAAAAGCUACUUCUACUAGCUCCACUUCCUUAGAAAACCAGACAAAAACCAUACCUACUUCCUCAUCUAAGAACCAAACCAAGCUCAUCAAGAAAACCUCAAAUCCUGCUACUACUUCAACUAGUAGUUCAUCUUCAACUAAAAACCAAACCAAGAUUCUCAAGCCCACUACUUCAACUUCAGAGUCUUCACUCAAAAACAAAACCAAACUCAUCAAACCCACAUCAACUUCCAACUCACCCACCAUCAAAACCCAAAUAAAGAAGCUGAAUUCCACCACACCAAAGCCAUUAAUCACAGCUAAGAAAUCCUCAGAUCUUACCACAAAGCCCAAACAGACCAAAACUGAAAAGCCCAAGCUACAAAAACCAAAGCAGCCCGUUUGGAUAGAUGAAGAUGAGGAGGAGGAUUUAGUUUCAGAUUUCAGAGAUCUGCCAUCAAGAUUCCAAGAAUCAUUAAUUCCAGAUUUGGAAAGAUUCUCCACAUCUUCCAAAGUUUAUCUCACAAGAGCCAAUAAAGAUCUGACAAAUGGGUUCAAACCAUUGGUUGGUAAAAAAUAUGCACCUGCCAUUGCUUCAAUUGUAUCUUGUGCAUUCAUUUUAAUCCCAUUAAUUUUAGUCUCCCUCAUUUUCAACAGAAUCAAAGCCUAUUUCUCCCUCCAAAAAAUAAUCAUUUUCAUCCAAAUUUACCUUGCAAUAUAUUUCUCUAUACUCUGCCUCUCUGCCCUUGUCACUGGCCUUGAGCCACUCAAGUUUUUCUAUGCUACAUCACAGUCCACAUACAUAUGUUUACAAGUGUUGCAGACACUUGGCUAUGUGUUAUAUCUCUUGGUUCUGCUCAUGUACUUAGUUUUAGUGUUCUCUACUGAGACUGGGCUGGUUUCAAAAUUACUUGCUCUGGGCCAGACAUUUGUGGGCUUUGCAGUUGGGUUGCAUUACUAUGUGAAAGUGUUUCAUCGUGCUGUGUUGCAUCAACCGCCCAAGAGUAGCUGGAAAAGUCAUGCUAUAUACGCCACGUGUUUCGUUGCCAUUUGUCUGCUUGAUAGAGCUGAGAGGAGGAAGAAAGCUUACUUAGAAGAAGGGGGUGCAGAGGGGAAAAAGAGUUAAAAUUCUCACUUUUACCAUUCUUUUUACCACCUUAUAUUCACUUUUUUUAAAGUGAAAAAUCGCGAAAAAUUUCGCUUUCUUUCGAAUUUUUAUUACUGUCAUAAAAUGUGUAAAAGUUAUAUUGAUUCUAUAGAAUAAAGAGCUAAAUGCAUAAUGUGUACCUGAA